AGUCUCAUUUUGAUUAGUCAACGUAGCAGUCGGCAUAAAAGUUAACUUAAACUUAUCAGUAUGAAAGUGCUAGCUUUACUUUUGGCACUGCCAUGCAUUUUUGGCUAUGUCACAAAGGACGAACCAAAUUUGGUGUGCUUCUACAAUUCCGAAAGUUUAUUACGUGAAGAUCGAGGCCAGUUGUCUAAUAAAGUUUUGGAACUUGGUCUGCAGUUCUGUUCGCAUUUGAUUUAUGGCUAUGCGGGAAUACGAGGUGCCACCUAUGAAGCCUACAGUUUGAAUGAAAAUCUGGACAUUAAGCAACAUCAAUUUACUGAAGUGACCGCACUAAAACGCAAAUAUCCUAAGCUCAAGGUUCUGCUGAGUGUGGGCGGUGAUCGCGAUCCCCAAAAUGAUAGAUAUAUCGAGCUGCUCGAAGGAGGAAAGGCGCGUCAAGCAGGAUUUAUCCAGUCGGCUUUCGCUCUGGUGAAGAACUAUGGAUUCGAUGGCCUUGAUCUAUCAUAUCAAUUUCCACGCAACAAGCCCAGAAAAGUUCACUCAGCCCUUGGACAAUUUUGGAAAUCUAUUAAGAAGAUAGGAACAGGCGAUUUUGUUGUGGAUCCCGAUGCCAAUAAGCACAAGGAUCAGUUUACGACGUUUGCUCGUGAUAUCAAGGAUACGCUAUAUCCUGGCGGCUUUCUACUAAGUUUGACUGUGCUGCCCAAUGUCAACUCAUCUUGGUACUUUGAUAUUCCUGCAUUAAACAAGAUCGUUGAUAUUGUGAAUCUGGCCGCCUUUGAUUUCCUCACACCCGAACGCAAUCCAGAGGAAGCGGACUACACAGCCUCACUUCAUAAUCCGGAAGCUCAGAAUCGUUUGAACCAUUAUAACGUUGAUUUUCAGGCACAAUAUUGGCUAAACCGUGGUUUUGCCCCCAACAAAAUCAAUUUGGGAGUUGCCAGCUAUGGCAAUGCUUGGAAACUAACCAGUGGAUCAGGUACAACUGGCACUCCCGUCGUUUCAGACACAGAGGGUCCCGCACCACCAGGUCCAUAUUCGAGGAAGGCUGGUCUGCUCAGCUUCGCGGAAGUUUGCUCUCAGCUGAUCAACCCGGAAAACCACGUCAAAAAGGACGAUCAGUCUGCGUUGCAUCGCACUGCUUUCGGGAAUUACGCUUUCCGUCCAGCAACGGGACGUGAAGCAGGCAUCUGGAUUAGUUACGAUGAUUUGGAUACCAUCUCCCACAAGACGAACUAUGCUAAAACCAAUCUGGGAGGUGUUGCUCUAUUCGAUCUCGGCUAUGAUGACUUUGGUGGCUUGUGCAGUGGAGAUCAAUACCCAGUACUGCGCACCAUCAAAUAUCGUUUGGGAGCUGGUUCGCUCGUCCCUGGAACCAACAAAACGACUUCUCGGAAUAAUCGUAGACAUUAAAUAAGAUACGACUUGGAUU